GUCACUUCCGGUGUACAGGCGCUAGUUAUGUUGAGGAGGUAGUGAGUGGGGAAAAAGAAAAUGCAUCCUACUCCACUAUAUUCACACGUCGGUUGUGGUAAUUUUAAAGAUGUUUAUGACCCAGCUGAAGACACAUUUCUUUUAAUUGAUGCUCUAGAGAAAGAUGCAUUGGAGCUAAAGGAUAGAGUUAAUAUCUGCCUUGAAGUGGGUUGUGGAUCUGGUGUUGUGUCUGCAUUUGUAGCAUCUCUAGUUGGACCUACUGCUUUGUACCUAUGUACAGAUAUUAACCCACUGGCGGCUUUAUGUACACUGGAGACUGCACAAGCCAACAGAGUACAAAUCGAGCCAAUAGUGACCGACUUGGUUACAGGAUUGCUGCCAAGGUUACAGGGACAGGUUGAUCUGCUUGUUUUUAACCCUCCCUAUGUGGUAACCCCCUCUGAAGAGGUAGGAAGUCAUGGUAUAGAAGCUGCAUGGGCUGGAGGCAAGAAUGGCCGUGAGGUCAUGGAUAAAUUAUUUCCUUUAGUUCCUAAACUACUUUCUGCUUCAGGAGUCUUUUAUUUACUUGUUUUAAAAGAGAACAAUCCUGAUGAGAUUGUAGCGAGAAUGAAGAUGUAUGAAUUAGAAGGCUCCAAAGUGCUUUCUAGACAAGCAGGCAGAGAACAUCUAACUAUUUUAAAAUUUAGGAAAUUACUUGCAUCACACUAAGCCGAAUGUAUGCUGUGAAGAGCAAGACAAGGAUCUCACGCUAAAUGCUAGAAAAGCCUGAAAUAUUGUCGGCUAGCAUUUGAAGAUGCUGAUUAUUAGAAUAUUUAUUCCUCUGUGAGGAAAUGAAAUAAUGGCAUGAAAUGAUUCUAAUUGAAUAGGCAUUUGGAAGUAUUUUUAUUUGUGCUUGUUGGGAACUGCAGUUACCUUUGUAUGUACUUGCCUAAAAUGUUACCACCUGGAGAAAAAAAAACAGCCGCAGUGUCCCAUUAACCAGCACGAUCAUAUGAGCCACCUACCUAAAUAUGCUUUGUUUUUGUGAUUGCAUUGUUUGUUUGUUUUUUGUAAAAAUGAAAAUACAUUGAUAUUUACUUUUUUAAAUGACUUUUUC